UCAUUCAUCUUUCAAUUCAAUUCAUUUCUCACUCAUUUUGGUUUGACUGAUCCACAGGUGGUUUCCAAUUCUACGACGACGAAGAACUUCGUUCUGCUUUACAACGACGACGUCGACGAAGACAACAGCCCAAUCUCCAACUCAAUCGAAUGCUACGCCUGUACUCAAGUCGGCGUCCCGGUUUUCCACUCCACCAGCUGCGACCGGGCUCACCAACCUGAAUGGGAGGCUUCGGCCGGUUCCUCCCUAAUCCCGAUUCAAUUCCGGUCUGGGCAAAAGGCCGGGAAGAAUCGGGCCAAACGGACCCUGCCUUCGGGCCCUUUCGGGCGGGUUUUGGAUCCCCGGAGCAAGCGGGUGCAGAGGCUGAACCGGGCUUUUUUGCUGGCACGUGGCAUGGCCUUGGCAGUUGAUCCUCUGUUCUUUUAUGUUUUAUCCAUCGGGCAUGGUGGUGUGCCGUGUUUGUACAUGGACGGUGGGUUGGCGGCAACUGUGACGGUUAUUCGCACGUGUGUGGACGCUGUGCACGUGUGUCACUUGUGGCUUCAGUUUCGGUUGGCGUACGUGUCGAGGGAAUCAAUGGUGGUUGGGUGUGGGAUACUCGUGUGGGAUGCACGUGCGAUCGCUUCUCACUAUGCUAGGUCCUUGAAAGGGUUCUGGUUCGAUGCCUUCGUCAUUCUACCAAUUCCUCAGGCUAUAUUUUGGUUAAUUGUACCAAAAUUGAUCAGAGAAGAUGAGGUACAGCUGAUAAUGACAAUACUUCUGCUAAUGUUCCUGUUCCAAUUCCUCCCAAAAGUUUAUCACAGCAUUUGUUUAAUGAGAAGGAUGCAGAAAGUCACGGGUUACAUUUUUGGGACCAUUUGGUGGGGUUUUGGGCUUAAUCUCAUUGCCUACUUCAUUGCCUCUCAUGUUGCCGGAGGAUGUUGGUAUGUCCUUGCGAUUCAACGCGUAGCGUCAUGCCUAAGGCAACAAUGCCACAUGAAAAGCAAAUGUAAGCUCUCCCUGUCGUGCUCCGAGGAGAUUUGUUACCAAUUUCUGUUACCGGCAGGCACAGUUGGAAAUCCAUGUGGUGGUAACUCAACAACUAUGGUCAGAAAGCCAUUGUGCUUGGAUGUCAAUGGACCGUAUCGUUAUGGGAUCUACAAAUGGGCUCUUCCAGUCAUUUCUAGCAAUUCUCUGUCUAUUAAGAUUCUAUAUCCCAUUUUUUGGGGUUUAAUGUCCCUCAGCACAUUUGGCAAUGAUCUUGAGCCAACAAGUAACUGGCUGGAAGUCAUCUUCAGUAUAUGUAUUGUGCUCAGUGGCUUAAUGCUAUUCACUCUAUUGAUCGGUAAUAUUCAGGUGUUUUUGCAUGCUGUGAUGGCAAAGAAGAGAAAAAUGCAGUUGAGAUGUAGAGACAUGGAAUGGUGGAUGAAGAGGAGACAAUUGCCAUCUCAACUGCGACAGAGAGUGAGACAUUUUGAACGACAAAAAUGGGCAGCCAUGGGAGGAGAAGAUGAGAUGGAAUUGAUAGAAGACUUGCCUGAAGGCCUCCGUCGGGAAAUUAAGCGCUACCUUUGCCUUGAUCUCAUCAAAAAGGUACCUAUCUUCCAGAGUCUGGACGAUCUUAUCCUUGACAAUAUCUGCGACCGUGUGAAGCUCCUUGUGUUCUCCAAGGAUGAAAAGAUCAUUAGAGAAGGAGAUCCUGUCCAACGAAUCGUGUUUAUUGUUCACGGACGUGUAAAAAGUAGCCAAAAUCUCAGCAAAGGCAUAGUCGCCACAAGCAUACUAGAGCCUGGAGGAUUUUUGGGAGAUGAGCUACUAUCAUGGUGUCUUCGCCGCCCAUUCAUGGACCGCCUUCCUGCCUCAUCCGCAACAUUCACUUGUCUUGAAUCAACUGAAGCGUUUGGGCUCGAUGCAAACCAUAUUCGAUACAUUACUGAUCACUUCCGUUACAAAUUUGCAAAUGAAAGACUCAAGCGAACAGCGCGAUAUUACUCAUCCAAUUGGAGGACUUGGGCAGCUGUGAAUGUGCAAUUAGCUUGGCGGCGUUACGUGGUGAGGACUAGGGGUCUGGUGAAUGGUGUGGUGGAGAAUGGAGGUAGUGAGCGACAACUCCGGCGAUAUGCUGCUAUUUUUAUGUCAAUUAGGCCACAUGAUCACCUAGAGUAA